GUGGAGGUCAGUUUUCAUCAUUAGGAAUGGGAAACGAUCAUUUCCACUGACCCAUUUCUCAUCCUCCUUCAUCUUCACCGACCCAUUUCUCAUACACUAUUUCCAACAUUUUACAUCCCUGUACCAAUUGUUAGUCCAGUGGCUUAUGUUUUUCUCGCUCAUGCACUUAUUUUGGAGUUGAUCAUAAAAACACCACCUUUCAUGCACUUGUUCUGUUUUCUUGUAACAGUUGAUCAACUUUGCAUUCUUUGCACGCACUGACUGCCAAUGUGAUUUUGGUAAGCAGAAAUGGGAGGGGCAUCUUCCUCUACCAAAAAUACAGAGUGGCGACCAAACAAUGACCUUGCUGAUACGGGAGAGGCUUCUUCCUCCACCGUGAAAAGGGAGUGGCAACAGAACAAUGACCUCACUGAUAUGGGAGGGGCUUCUUCCACAGUAAAUAUGGAGUGUUUACUAAACAAGGACCUCACUGGUAUUGGAGGGGCUUCUUCCUCCACCGUAAAGAGGGAGUGGAAACCGAACAAUGACCUCACUGAUAUGGGAGGGGCUUCUUCCUCUACAACAAAAAGGGAUUGGCAACCAAACCAUGGCCUCACUGAUAUGGGAGGGGCUUCUUCCACGGUAAAUAUGGAGUGUCAGCCAAAGAAUGACCUCACUGCUAUAGAACUACAUGAUAUAGUCCUCUCGUGGUCGAUUCAUGACAUUUUUAAUGACAAUCUCUACAAAGAUCAGGUUAUCAUCAUAUUUCUAAGUUAUCAUCUUUGGAUUUCUAUAUGUUCCUUCAUCUUCAUUUUUUUUCCUUUCACUCUUUCCUCCUGCCAGGUUCAGAAGAUUCCUGACGCAUUCCAUUCAAGGGACCAUUAUCUAUCCAGUUACGCAUUUCCUUUAUUGGAAGAAACCCGGGCAACUGUUGCUUCUUCCAUGGAAGCAAUAGACAAAGCGCCAUUUGCUGAAGUGGCCUCGUUUGAACUGGUUAAUGGACCUGGGAAGGUUAUUCAUUAUAAAGUCAAGGUUGACUUUUGGAAGACAAGAGUGAGUGAUGAAGGAGAGGAGUACAGAACAAUGCCCGGUGACUUGGUAAUAAUUUCAAAUACUAAACUUGAGUGGGUUUCGGAUUUGAACAGGGUCGGGUUGGAUUGGAUUCUAGCUUCAGUUGUUGAUGUCACAGAUGAUGAUGGAUAUUUAUCCACAAAUUUUAAAGUGAAAAUGGCCAAGGAUUUUGACACCAGAAUUGGACGCCAUACAGCAGUCCAUAUUGUUUUCUUGGUAAACUUCAAAUCAAAUAAAAUGAUUUGGAAUGCUUUCAGAAUGAACCUGACUUCUACAAAAUCCGAGUCAAUACAGCAGACCAAGAACAUCAACAUUCUUGAUGCCAUUUUGAACAAAAAAUAUGAGCAUCAACUGAGAAGAUAAAGGAUGGCUUCCUGUCCAGGCUGAAUGAGUCACAAGCUAAUGCAGUAGCUACUUGCCUGGAAAGGGUGAAUUGUGAUCAUAUGUCUCACGUUGGUCUUAUAUGGGGCCCUCCCGGAACUGGGAAGACAACUACUAUUAGUGUACUUUUGUUUUUGCUCUUGAAAAAAAGGUGCAGAACACUACUUUGUGCACCUACAAAUGUGGCUAUAACACAAGUUGCCUCCAGGGUUAUAAAGCUGAUAAAGAAGUCUUACAUAGAUGAAUCUUCAAAGCAGAACCUGUUUCCAUUGGGUGAUGUGCUGCUAUUUGGAGACAACCCUCGAAUGAAGGUGGGCGAAGACACUGAGGAGAUGUAUCUAAACAAUCGAAUCGACAGGCUUCUUGAGUGUUUCGAGCCUUUGACAGGUUGGAGACACUGCAUUGAAUCUGCAAUAUGUUUUCUUCAGGGCUCUCUUCCAGAGUAUGAAAGGAUGGACAGUGCAAAACCGGUAUCCUUUGCUGCUUUUAAAUCGCAGUUUGAGCAAGUUGUUUCACAUCUCAGAAGAUGCAUGUCAAUAAUGUGUACUCAUAUGCCAACACAAUUCAUACAAGAACACAAUUUCCAGAGUAUCACUUCUCUUAUGUGCCACCUGGAUGCUCUCGCAGAAACUUUAUUCGUGAAGAGUGUGAUGUCUGAAGAGCUGAAGGAGAUUUUUUAUGAACAAGAGAAUUCUGAAGUUUUAUCCGAGUCAUUUGUAGAUAGGUCUUCCUUGUUUUGCUUGAAAAACCAGUGCCUCUCCCUUCUGAAAACCCUUCUGCAUUCUCUAAGACAACUUCAUCUUCCCAGUUCAUUAAGUAGAACAGAAAUGGCCGAAUUCUGUUUAGAGCUACCAUCCUUAGUUUUCUGCACUUCAUCAAGCUCCUUCAAGAUGGACCGAGUCAAGAUGAGACCAUUCAACUUAUUGGUCAUUGAUGAAGCUUCUCAGUUGAGGGAAUGCGAAUCUAUUCUACUACUUCAACUCCCAGGGCUAAAGCAUGCAAUUCUCGUGGGUGAUGAAUGCCAAUUACCUGCUAUUGUUCAUAGCAAAGUGUCCGAUGAAGCUGGUUUUGGAAAAAGCUUAUUUGAAAGGCUAAGUUCCUUGGGUCAUUCAAAGCUCAUGCUUGAUGUUCAGUACAGAAUGCAUCCUGCAGUAAGCUGCUUCCCAAAUUUUAGCUUCUAUAAUAAGCAAAUCAAGGAUGCAUCUAAUGUGAGAAGCACAAGCUAUGAGAGACAAUAUCUUCAAGGAAGGAUGUUUGGUCCAUAUUCUUUUAUAAAUGUCCCCAGUGGAAAAGAAGAAUUGGAAGAUUUUGGGCAUAGCAGAAGGAAUAUGGUUGAGGUGGCAAUAGUAGUCAAGAUAGUGCAGAAAUUGUUCAAAUUUUGGCGUUCUUCUGGAAGGAAGAUCAGAAUCGGUGUAGUAUCUCAUUAUGCUGCUCAAGUCGCUGCGAUAAAAGAUUAUAUUGGCAGAAAGUAUGACAACCAUACCGGCUUUGCAAUUAAGGUGAGGACAGUCAACGGUUUCCAAGGAGGCCAAGAAGACAUAAUAAUAUUAUCAACUGUGAGAUCUAAUUGUGCUGGCACGAUCGGUUUUCUGUCGAAUGCGCACAUAACUAAUGUUGCUCUGACCAGAGCCCGGCACUCUUUAUGGAUUUUGGGAAAUGAAAGGACGCUUGUUCAUAGCAAUUCACUUUGGGAAGGAUUAGUGCUGGAUGCAAAAGAACGCCAGUGUUUCUUCUCUGCAGCCGAAGAUAGUGAUCUGUCAAAAACCAUUUUGGAUGUCAAGGCAGAACUGGAUCAACUUGAUGACUUGCUUAAUGCGGAUAGCAUCCUAUUCACAAAUCAAAGGUGGAAGGUUUUGUUGAGCGAGAAUUUCAAAAGAUCAUACAAAAAAUUGGUGUCAUCCUAUUUGAAGAAGGCUGUGCUAACGCUUUUACUUAAGCUUGCUGGGGGAUGGAGACCCAAGAGAAAAUGUGUGGACUUGGCAUGUGGCAACUCACCUAUGGUUGUGAAACGGUUCAAUGUUGAAGGACUAUUUAUACUCUGCACAGUUGACAUUCAGAAGGUGGUGAAAUACACCCAAGUUCUAAAGGCGUGGGAUUUGAUACCUAUUCAUGAGGUUGAAAAAAUAUCGAACCGCCUUGAUAGCAUAUUCUCUAUGUUUACCGUUGAAUUUAUCAAUUUGUGCAAGCAGAAAUGCCUAGACGGGGACUUGGAAGUUCCAAAAGUCUGGCCAGCUUCUCUUAUCCUGAAAAGGUUCAAGAAUCACAGCGAGAGACUCGAUAAUGAGUCAAAAUGCUGUGUUGUUGAAAAUUCAAGAGUGAGUGAAAGCUUACUCUUGAUGAAGUUUUACUCCUUAUCAUCUGGCAUUGUCAAUCAUUUGCUCUCUGGUAACCUUUGUGAAGAAAUUGAUAUCCCUUUUGAAGUUUCUGAUGAGGAAAGGGAAAUAAUCCAAUUUGGAAGGAGUAGUUUCAUACUAGGGCGAUCUGGCACAGGAAAAACUACUGUGCUGACCAUGAAAUUAUUUCAAAAGGAGCAAUGACAUCAUCUUGCCGUAGAGGGAGUUAUGAAAGAGGAGUCAAAUGAGAUCAAUGUGAUCAGCAAAUAUGGAGGAGAGAGUAGUUUUUCAAAGGCUGAGAUUACAGCAUUGAGUCAAACAAAUGACAAGGAGAAGAUGACUACUACCUUAAGGCAGCUGUUUGUGACAGUUAGUCCGAAGCUGUGCAAUGCAGUCAAACAACAAGUUUCUCAUCUGAAACGCUUUGCUCAAGGGGAGAAAUUCUCUGGUGACAACGGGUUAUUGGAUAUGAUGGACGAUUUGGAUGGAUUAUUUCAUUUAAAAGACAUUCCAAAUUCUUUUGUUGGCAUUCCAAAAACAAAAUAUCCACUGGUACUUACAUUUCGCAAGUUCUUGAUGAUGCUUGAUGGCACACUGGGGUCUUCAUACUUUGACCGCCUCCAAUGCAAACACUCAUUUUCUCAGGAUACUAUGUCAAGGUCAGUCACAAUAGAAGCUUUCAUCAGAACAAGAGAGGUAAACUUUGACCGCUUUCGUACCUUGUAUUGGCCUCAUUUCAACACCCAAUGGACGAAGAAUCUUGAUGCUGCAAAAGUGUACACUGAAAUCUUUUCACAUAUAAAAGGAGGAUUAAGAGUGGGUAAGGCCCAUGAUGCAAAACUCAGUCGUGACAAAUAUAUUUCAUUGUCUGACAGUAGGGUGUCAACUUUGGAUGAGAACAGAAGAGAGCAAAUUUAUGACAUCUUUCUUGAUUAUGAGAAAAUGAAGAGGAAGCGAGGUGAUUUUGACUUUGCUGAUUUAGUGAAUGAUCUUCAUUUUCGGUUGAAUGAAGAAAAAUGGGAAGGUGACAAAAUGGAUUUUGUGUAUAUUGAUGAAGUUCAAGACCUCACCAUGAGGCAAAUAUUACUAUUCAAGUAUGUGUGUGAAAAUGUUGAUGAGGGCUUUGUAUUUUCUGGUGAUACGGCCCAAACAAUUGCUAGGGGGAUUGAUUUUAGGUUUGAAGAUAUCCGAACUUUGUUCUAUGAGGAGUUUGUCAUGAAAAAGAAACUCGGUUCAGAUGCCAGAAGAAAAGAUAAAGGCCAUCUUGCCAAAGUGUUCUGUUUACUGCAUAAUUUUAGAACACAUGCUGGUGUUCUCAGGCUUGCCCAGAGUGUGGUUGAUAUUAUUUCUCACUAUUUCCCUCUAUCAAUUGAUACUUUGCCACCAGAGACUAGUCUUAUAGAUGGUGAGGCUCCUAUGUUACUUGGGCAUGGGAGCAAUGAAAAUGCUAUUGUAAGUAUCUUUGGUAAGAGUGGCAACAUUAGCAGGAAAAUGGUAGGCUUUGGUGCUGACCAAGUGAUAUUAGUACGUGAUGACUCUGCUAAAAAAGAAGUUUCAAAUCUCAUUGGAAAACAAGCGCUUAUUCUAACUAUUGUUGAAUGCAAAGGAUUAGAGUUCCAGGAUGUACUGCUUUAUGACUUCUUUGGUUCUUCACCACUUAGAAACCAGUGGAGAAUAGUUUACGAAUUUAUGAUUUCAAAACGACCAGAACUGGUUGAAACAAGACUUUUGAGCUUCCCUCGCUUUUCUGAAACAAAGCACACUAUUUUGUGCUCUGAAUUGAAGCAAUUAUAUGUGACUAUAACUCGGACACGCCAAAGAUUAUGGAUCUGCGAAAGCGUUGAGGAGUUUUCAAAACCAAUGUUUGACUAUUGGAUUACAAUGGGCCUUGUGGAAGCACGGGAUGUUGAUGAAUCCCUUGCACAAGCUAUGCGCAUGGCUAGCACUCCAGACCAGUGGAAAUCAAGGGGAUUAAAACUCCUUCGGGAGAAAAACUAUGAAAUGGCGAUUAUGUGUUUUCAAAGGGCAGGAGAAAGAGACCUUGAGAAGCAGGCUAAAGCUUCACGUCUAAGGGAAGCUGCUGAUCGCAAACGGGAUUCAAAUCCAACAGUGUCUUCUACCUAUUUGAGGGAGGCUGCUGAAAUAUUUGAGUCAAUUCGAAAUUUCAAGUCUGCAGGUCAAUGUUUUUUUGACUUAAAAGAGUAUGUGCUUGCAGGGAAUAAUUAUUUGAAGUGUGGAGAACAGAAAACAGCUGCGGAGCUUUUUACAUUGGCAGGAAAUUAUAAGGAUGCAGCAGACAUAUAUGCAAAGCAAAACUGUUUCACGAAUUGUCUAUCAGUUUGCAGGAAGGGACGUCUGUAUGACCAUGGAUUACAAUAUAUAGAACAAUGGGAAAAGCAUGCUUUCAAGUAUAAUGGUAUGGAUAUAACAUGGGAUGAAAUAGACAGAAUAGCACAGGAAUUUCUUGCUAUGUCUGCAUCUAGCUACUUGAAGUGUGAUGAUAAGAAAUCAAUGAUGAAGUUUGUUAGAGCUUUUAAGUCGAUGGAUGAUAAGCGUGAGUUCCUGAGGAGUAUACAGUGUCUAGAUGAGUUGUUACUGUUAGAAGAAGAAUCUGGACACUUUGCUGAAGCUGCAGAACUAGCGAAUCUGAGAGGAGAUGUCUUACUAGAAGCAGAACUUCUUGGCAAAGCUGGGAAUUUCAGCAAAGCAUCUUCACACAUCCUUUGGUAUGUGUUGGCAAACUCUUUGUGGGUUUGUGGAUGCGAGCCAUGGCCCCUGAAGUCCUUUACGUCUAAGAAGGAACUCUUGAAGAAGGCCAUUUCUCUUGCAAGGAACGAAUCUGAUCUUUUCUAUGAAUCUGUUUGCACUGAGGCAAAAGUGUUAGAGCACGAGCAAUGCAAAUUAUCAGAGUUGAGGUGUGCUUUAAGUGAUUCUCAGAAGUGCGCGAAUCUUCGAUGUGAAAUUUUAUGCCUCAGAAAGAUCAUUGAUGCUCACUGUGAAGUUAAAGCCUCAAAGUAUACAUGGGAAGAUGACUAUCCUGUUGACCUGAAGUUUACAGAUGAUACCAUGUUUGCUAACCAACUCUCCAUCGGAUCCCUCUGUCAUUUCUGGAAUCUAUGGAAGAAAAAUGUAUUAAAGGUUCUUGAGUCUCUUAACUGUCUUGAGGUGACUCAAGAUUUUGGUAAAUAUAAAGGUUUUGGAGAGUUCUGCUUGAACUACUUUGGUGUGAGGCGACGGUUCACUGAUAUGAAAGCCAGCAGUCUCCAGUUGUUAAAACCAGAUGCUGAAUGGGUCAUAAAAAGGUUUUAUCAGAAUUACUUGAGGCAGAGCAAAAACUUGGUCUCAAUAGAUGAACAGCAUUUCAUAACUGCUGCACGGAAUUAUUGGCAAAAUGAAAUGAUAUAUGUAGGCGUUAAGGUUCUGGAGAUUUUUGAAUCACUGUAUAUCUUUUCCGUGGAGUCGUCGUCUGAUUUUAGUCAAAGCAUGUGCCUCAUAAGUAUAUAUCAGAUCUCAAAGUUUCUUCUUGAGUCAAAGGAGUUGAACUGCAAGAAUUAUGAGAGGAAACUACAAAAGUUCUUCCAGCUCUCAAUGAAGUACUUUGAAAAGGUGUUUCCUAUUCAUUUUCAGAAAUCUAUGGACAAACACAUGAUUUCUCUAAGGGGGACAGAUGUUUCCCGAUGCUUACUCGAAGAUUUUAUUAGACAUGACCUUAUAAGUAGAAAAGGUGAGGAUACUACACUUGGGCAAAUCGGGCGGAUGAUGAUGAUAUGGUUUGGGUCUGCCAAACCUGCAGAUGAACUGUUGAAUAAAAUUUUGUAUAGAAUCAGGAAGGAUUCAGCAUGGAGAACUUUCAUUGAGAUUUUAAUGCAGAGUGACGAGGUUCCCUUAAAUGGGUCAGUGUCAGUCGAUUCUUUAGAGACUUUACCUGUUGGUCAGAUUGAAGAAGAAUUCAAGUUGGUAUACGGGUUUUUUGAAGCAUUGAGAGAAACAUAUGGAGCAGAUUGGCAGAAUAUGUUUGACUACAUUUCGCCUCACUGUUUCUUGUAUCUUGUAGAGCAUCUUUUAUUCCUGGUAUUUAGCUCUAGCAGUGGCUUCUUCUACGCCACAAAAUCCUCUUUUCUGGAGUGCUUGAUGUUUCAGAAACCAGGUGCACGUGUGAUUCCCAGCUUCCUAACUCAAUUAUCACGCAGUGAAAUAUAUAUGUUUUACGAGUUCAUCCUCACCAUUGUGGAAGAACUCCUCUUCAAGAGGCCUGAGACAAUAAGGUGGAUUGAGAAAUAUAAAAUUAAAUCCAUCAAUGACUAUCAUAAGUUACUGGUUUUGAGAUUGGUAGUCAUUCUCUGCUCACUUUGUAUGAACUCUACUACUGAGGAAUCUUUGUAUGUUCUUGAUUGUGUACUCAAUACACAUGACAUUUCAUCUGAGCUGCCAAGAGAAUUCUCUCAAGUUUUCAGGCAAACUUGUUCUAACAGAGACAAAGUCACUGAAGCUCUCCUGACUAUAGGGAAUCCAGCAAUUCUUGUGUUCCUGGACGAAACUAGUCCAAAAAUUAUGUGUCCUCUGGAUGUUAUUCCCAUACGAUUGGGUGCGGGUUCUAGUAGGGAGAGCAUCGCGAAAAUGUUGUUGCAAAGUAACAAUGUUGCUUCUACCAGGCAAGAAGAUGAAGUCAUAAAGGAGAACACAUGUUCAUUGACUCCCCUGAUGGGUAGUGCAGUAGACAAUGGAAUGAAGAGUUCUGUGAUGGAAUCUUCAUCAGUCAACAAAAAGUCCAUGCUCAAGGGUGAAGAUAGCUGCUCGUUGCGAAUGAAAUGGCGCGUUUUGGAAGAAUUGUCUGCAUCCCUAAAACUACAGGAGGAUUUAGAUGAGUGUAUAAAGUUCACAGCUGCAGUGGCUAAUUAUGUGUCGGGAAAGGAAGGUGCUCCAUCUGGGGAAGGUGAAAAUAUUUGUGAGGAAGUGGAAACCAUGCUUCAAGAACUUAAAGAAUUGUCUGAUAAGUUGGAUAUGAGUAACAUGGAAGAUGAGGAAAGGCACGAAAGCAUUGUGGAACUGCAGAAGAGGUUGCUGAGUAGGAGGCCUAGAGUGGAAGGAUUGUUUAGCAGAAUCAUUGUGAGGAAUGACAGUGGGGCUAUUAUUUUUGUGGAUUCACAAGGCCAUAUACCUGCAAACCACAAGUCAACUGAAAUUGAAGAAGGUGAGAAGAACAAUUGGGGUAAUAACAUGAGUACGACUGAGGCGUCUGAGAGCAGGAUGAUUAAUCAGUGUAAGGAGAAGCCGCAGCAGCAAAGGAAGACGAAGAACAAAUCCAAGAGGGGGAAAGGAAAACGAGGCCGCGGAAAAUAGACGUUCUAAGAGUGUAAACAAAAAAUUCUAUCCUGUGUAUACAUAAAUUCCUAUUUUGGAUCUCUGCGUGGGUUCCAUUACUUCCAUACCGGCAUUUCUGCAAAGCUUCAGAUAAAUACACCGACCCUAUCAAUUAGAGUAUUAGCAUGUCUGCUUAUUGCAAUUGAGGAAGGCAAAACACCAAGAGCAAAAUCACGCAUCUCAAACCCUCUUCCUAUCCUUCCUGCCCAGGAUUCAUUGAAGAGUGAACUAUCAAAAACGAUUGAACAAUAGUUUAGAUGGGGGUUAAGAAUUAUAAAGACAUAACUACGGAUUAAAUAUGUCCACGAGACCACGAUCCUUCAAAAAAU